UUCUGCAUCCUGCCGAGCUCUGUUCUCUCCAGCACCUCCCAACUUCUCGUGCCGACCGACUUGCUCCACAAGGAACAAGCCGUCAUGUCUCGCCAGUCCAGUGUGUCCUUCCGAAGCGGAGGCAGCCGUAACUUCAGCGCGGCCUCUGCCAUCACCCCGUCUGUCUCUCGCACCAGUUUCACCUCUGUGUCCCGAUCCGGGGGUGGUGGCGGCGGCGGCUUUGGCAGGAUCAGCCUUGCGGGUGCUGGUGGAGCAGGCGGCUAUGGCAGCCGGAGCCUCUACAACCUGGGGGGCUCCAAGAGGAUCUCCAUCAGCAGUAGUGGCGGUGGCUUUAGAAACCGAUUUGGUGGUGGAGGUGGCUAUGGCUUUGGAGGUGGAGCCGGGGGCGGAUUUGGUUUAGGCAGUGGAGCUGGUCUUGGCUAUGGGUUCGGUGGAGGUGCUGGCCUUGGGUUCGGUGGAGGUGCUGGCCUUGGGUUCGGUGGAGGUGCUGGCCUUGGAGGUGCUGGCUUCCCAGUCUGCCCCCCUGGAGGCAUCCAAGAAGUCACGGUCAACCAGAAUCUCCUCACUCCUCUGAACCUGCAAAUCGACCCCACCAUCCAACGAGUGCGGACAGAGGAGCGGGAGCAGAUCAAGACCCUCAACAACAAGUUCGCCUCCUUCAUCGACAAGGUGCGCUUCCUGGAGCAGCAGAACAAGGUCCUGGACACCAAGUGGACCCUGCUGCAGGAGCAGGGCACCAAGACCGUGAAGCAGAACCUGGAGCCUCUGUUCGAGCAGUACAUCAACAACCUCAGGAGACAGCUGGACAGUGUCCUGGGGGAGAGAGGCCGCCUGGACUCGGAGCUGCGGAACAUGCAGGACCUGGUGGAGGACUUCAAGAACAAGUAUGAAGAUGAAAUCAACAAGCGCACCACUGCUGAGAACGAGUUUGUGAUGCUGAAAAAGGAUGUGGACGCCGCCUACAUGAGCAAGGUGGAGCUGGAGGCCAAGGUCGAUGCACUGAUGGAUGAGAUCAACUUCUUGAAGAUGUUCUUUGAGGCGGAGCUGUCCCAGAUGCACACGCACAUCUCAGACACGUCUGUGGUCCUCUCCAUGGACAACAACCGCAGCCUGGACCUGGACAGCAUCAUCGCCGAGGUCAAGGCCCAGUACGAGGACAUCGCCAACCGUAGCCGGACGGAAGCCGAGUCCUGGUACCAGACCAAGUACGAGGAGCUGCAGCAGACAGCCGGCCGGCACGGUGAUGACCUCCGCAGCACCAAGCAUGAGAUCUCCGAGAUGAACCGCAUGAUCCAGAGGCUGAGGGCCGAGAUCGACAACGUCAAGAAGCAGUGUGCCAACCUGCAGAAUGCCAUCGCCGAAGCUGAGCAGCGUGGGGAGAUGGCCCUCAAGGAUGCCAGGAACAAGCUGGCUGAACUGGAGGAUGCCCUGCAGAAGGCCAAGCAGGACAUGGCCCGGCUGCUGCGUGACUACCAGGAGCUCAUGAACACCAAGCUGGCCCUGGACGUGGAGAUCGCCACCUACAGGAAGCUGCUGGAGGGCGAGGAGUGCAGACUGAGUGGAGAAGGAGUGGGACCGGUCAACAUCUCCGUCGUCACGAGCAAUGUCUCCUCUGGCUAUGGAAGUGGUGGUGGCUAUAGUGGUGGCUAUGGCGGUGGCUAUGGCGGUGGCGCUGGCCUCGGCGGCGGUCUUGGCGGCGGUCUUGGCAGCGGUCUUGGCGGAGGCGGCAGUGGCUACUACUCCGGCAGUGGCCUAGGCGCUGGCCUAGGCGGUGGGUUCGGUGGGGGGAGCUCUAGCUUCAGUUCAGUCAGUGGCCGAAACAUGGGGGUGGGCUUUGGCAGCAGUGGCAGCGGAGGGGGCAGCAGCUCCAGUGUCAAAUUUGUCUCCACCACCUCCUCCUCGAGGAAGAGCUUCAAGAGCUAAGAGCCUGCUGCAAGUCACCGCCGCCCGAGGGCAGCAACCGGCCCCUGGUGACUGCCUCUUCUAGGUGGCUGCCGAGCCAAGCACCCUGUUUUACUGGAGUGUAGUCUGGACCAAGCCUAUUGCAGAGCCACAGUCUUCGGUUCCCAGAAAGGCCCAACCCCCAGCCUCUAGUCUCCUAUGCCGCGAUCCUAUGUUCUACUUCAAAUUAGCCUUUAAGUCUUUGCAGCAUGGUCCUUGAGAGAAAAGUCCAAAGUUUUCCAGGAUCUAAACCAUCAAGGCAGAGUCCCACCCGAAUACAAAGUUUUGUUCUGGUUCUGACUGCCUCCAGAGUGUGUUCAAUAAAAUGCUUUUAUAAUAUAA